ACAGCUUCAGCACCGGGUCCUCCACUUGGAGCGCAAGUUAGCCCAUCAGUCCGAUGAGAUCGUGUGCCUCAGGAGUACAUUGGCUGAUGUCCUCCGAAGAGUUACUCAGUUAGAGGGCAGAGCACCUGUCGUUACGUCCAAUACAGUGCCUAAUAAUGCGCUCAACAGUAAAGGCUCACAUUUAUCGCCACUUCGGCUGAACGCGAGCUCGCAAUCGAUUUACAGCCAGAAAUACAGUCGCGACUAUAAUCUCAACUACAAUCACACCCCCAAUGGCAAUGGCAAUGGAAACGCUCUGAAAGGCAAUCUCACGAAUGGCAGCCCCGGUAUGAACGGCAAUGGACUGGCGGCUAACGGUCACCGGCGGCUAUCGCACUAUCCGUCCAACAACUCACUGCACAGCGAAAGGGGUGGCCUUAACAGCAGCUCCAACAGCGCGUCGCCCGCGCCGUCGCCCUCCCCGUCCCAGUCGUCGAUGUCAUACCGGGCCAACACACCCACGGCGUCGCCCCGACACACGCCCGGCCGUGAGAUGCGGUCGCCGUACUCGGCGUCCACUUCUAAUUUGGUUGCGAUGAGGAAAUGGUCGGCCAGUCAGGAGUUUAGGGGCAAUAGUCUCGAAAUGGCCAAUAAAAGGAUGACUAGUGGGUCGCUAUUCAAUCUGCAUGUUAUGAGACCCUCAUCUGCCACCGCCAUGAACCACAUCAGACAUGGCACUAAAGAGGCGACUUAUAAUCAAGACGACGGCAUCAUUCGGCUCUACCUUAGAGGACAUCCACUCGUGGUGCACAUACCGACAGACCUAUUGCACAGCUACUCCAUAAACAAAGUCAACAGUCCGCCCACACAACGACUCAAAUUGGAAUGGGUUUAUGGCUAUAGAGGCCGCGAUUGUAGGCAUAACCUGUUCCUAUUACCCACCGGUGAAAUCGUCUACUUUAUCGCUGCCGUCGUUGUGCUGUACAAUGUGGAGGACCAGAUCCAGAGACACUAUUUAGGACACACCGACGAUAUUAAAUGUCUCACCAUUCAUCCAAACAAACUGCUGAUCGCCACGGGACAGGUGGCCAGUCUGGACAGACGUGAGCGCAGACCGCACGUCCGCAUCUGGGACUCCGUGAGCCUGAAUACGCUGCACGUGAUCGGCCAAAAUGGUGACUUUGACCGGUCGAUCGCAUGCCUGGCCUUCUCCAAACUGGACGGCGGGAACCUCCUGUGCGUUGUGGACGAGUCGGCCGAGCACUCCAUCUCUCUGUGGGACUGGCAGAAGACAGAGAAGGCGCAUAAGAUCACCGAAACCAAGACCUCCUGCGAUCCGGUGCUGGCCGUCGAGUUCCACCCGAUGGACCGCUUCUGUCUGACCACUAUAGGCAAGGGUCACAUCCACUUCUGGGACAUAGAGGGCGGCUCACUAUCCAAACGGUUGGGCACUUUUGAGAAACAAGAAAAGCCUAAAUAUGUGUUGUGUUUGGCUUAUAAUGAUUUGGGAGAGCUAUUGACCGGAGACUCCAAUGGGAACAUAAUGGUGUGGCAGAGGAGUAGUAACCGUCCCCUUAGGACCGUCUUUAACGCACACGACGGCGGAGUAUUCACGAUAUGUAUACUCAAAGACGGAACGGUAGUUACCGGUGGCGGCAAAGACAAGCGCAUUGUCGAGUGGGACGGUAUGCUUAAUAGGACCGGAAGGGAGGCUAAGCUACCCGACCAGUUCGGUGGCGUGCGAACGAUGACCACUGGCAAGGGCUCGAUGUUAAUGGUGGGCACCACUAAGAACUGCAUACUUCAGGGCACACUUACCCUUAAUUUCUCAUUAGUAGUACAGGGCCACACCGACGACCUGUGGGCGCUGGCCAUACAUCCCACACAAAACCAGUUCAUAACUGCCGGUUACGACCGAUGUAUUCACUUAUGGGACACAUUAUCUCAUUCGACGGUUUGGAGCAAAGACUUGGGAGAACCGGUCCACUCGUGCGCCUUCUCGCCCGACGGCUCGGUACUGGUGUUCACGACAGUCGGCAGCCGAUGGAUAGUAAUCGACGCGACGACCCGUCAGCUCAUAUCCAUGCACUCGGACGGCAACGAACAGAUCGAGUGCGUGAAGUACUCGCCGGACGGCCGCUUCCUGGCCCUCGGAUCGCGCGAUAAUCACGUCUACGUCUACGCCGUGAGCGACGAGUACCGCAAAUACAACCGCAUCGGCCGCUGCACCGGUCACUCGAGUUUUGUGAACAGUAUUGACUUUACUGUGGACGGCGCCUACAUUCAGAGCUGUUCGGGCGACUACGAGCACCUGUUCUGGAACGCCGGCACCUGUAGGCAACUGAACAACAUGUCUAUAGCCAGGGAUCUCGAGUGGGAGACGCAUAACGCAACGCUUGGGUUCAAUGUGUUGGGCAUAUGGCCCGAGAGCGCCGACGGCUCAGACGUGAACACAUGCGACCGCUCCCACUCGGGUAAGCUGUUGGCUACCGGUGACGACUUCGGCAAAAUCAAUGUCUACAGCUAUCCGGCGUCUCAACCCAAAUGCCUGAACCACUCGUACGCCGGCCACAGCAGUCACAUAACGGCCGUACGCUUUAUGGCCGACGACUCGCGGCUAAUAUCCAUCGGCGGCCGCGACUCAACGAUAAUGCAGUGGACGGUGUCGUAG